AUGGCUGACUAUAUACACAUCCACACCGGGGAACAGGCGGAGCAGUUCUAUUUAGAUCGCGGGCGGCUAGGAAUCCACUCCUUCACGGGGACAGAUAAGAUUCGCUCCCCCGUGCAGUCAGUCAUCCGUGUGGACCCGGGGGACCCACGCAGACCAUCGAGUCUCUCGACCUCGCUUUUGAGCAACCACCCCAGGCGCCUACACACCCGGAGCGAGCAGUGCCGCUCUGCUGGAAGGUCGGCCUUCCGAGCUCCCGGCGAGCGCGGGCGGAGACGGACGCAGGAAAGCGGCCGGGGGGCCGAGAGGCGGGCAGCGGUGGGUGGAGCCGCCUCGGCGGGCAGCAGCAGGGCUUCACCUGUUGCAGGGUCUGAGCACUCCCCCGCAGAGGAGGCAGCGCGCCGGCCGCGGACUUCUGCUCCCAGCCCCGCCGGGCGGGGCAAGGCCGCUGGAGGAGCGGAGCCAGGGACCCCCCUGAACCUGUCCCGCGGAGCAGGCGCCUCUGGGGGAGCGGUCCGCCCUCGCGCUGUCGCCCAGCCUGCGUGCGUGCCCGGCGGAGAUCCGGGCUGCCGGAUCUGCCCCUUCGCCCCGCGCCGGCUGCGUCUCUGUGCCUGCCCCGAACCGGUUCGAAGCCUCGGGGGUUCCGGAGCACGGAGGCCCGGCGGGACCUUGUCGCCAACACGCAGCACAGAUCCACCCCCCCGGAGGGGCAGCGAGGGCCGAAGGCAGCGGGCAGCCCUCAUCCCGGCCAUCACCGCCUGGAAAGCGAUGGUCCGGGGAAGCUGGACCUCGAUGCCCAGCCCCCGCUCCGCUCCUCUCCGGACCCAGCACCUUCUCUCAAGAUGAGCUCAAGUCCUCCGGAGUUUGCCCGGAAGGCGCGCCACGCCCCCUCCCCGGCCUGAGCACCGGAGCAGCCGGGGUGAACCCGGGGCGCCCCGCACCCCCCCCCGCACCCUAAGCGGACCCCGCGCCCCGACUCCUCGCUCUUCAGCUU